AUGAAUGGGUCGUCCAGAUCCCUUAUCAGAGCGCUUAAUAAUGUGGUUGAUCAUUGGAAAGACAAUGCUAACGAAGAUAAAAUAAGUUCAGAAGAAUCUGAACUUUUUGAAGUGAUAAGUUUAUUUAAUGAAAAGCAUAAUGAUUUACAAAGCAUAAAACAAUCGGUAAAUAUAAACGAUGAGUUAUUCCGUAUUUAUAAUGGUUAUAUUAAACCUGCUUCAAACUUACCGAGGGAAAUAUUGUUCUUGGAGAUUUUGAUACAGCUUCUGCCAAUUUUGAUAGAUAAUGAGAUAAAACUUUGGAGUAAGACAUACCUCAAACCAGCUGUAGACAGUGCUGGAUAUGAUAUACAGCUUGUUUUGAAGUCUCGACAAUUUAUUCGUCAAUUAUCUAUGAAAACUAUACCUUCAAGAGAUCCAUUAUUAAUAGAAAGACGUGACCAGAUAGCAUUAAUUGUCAUGGAUACUAUUAUACAAUUGUAUAUCGGCCAAAGUGAUGAACGGUAUAAUGUCAUAGGUUUACAUUUACCAAAAGAAGAUAGUGAUAAUCAACUUUAUUAUGAAAGAAUACGAUACAUGAAAAAGAAUUGUGAGGAUUUACUUCAUGAGUAUGGACUUAAAAAAACCAAAGAAUAUUUCAGCUUGAUCAAUAAGUACUUUAAAACAUCGUCUGAAAGGCUAGACAUGUUGACGUUAUUGCUAAGGCUAGUUUCUUCUCAUACGUUGCAAGUUUAUCAAAUAGUCGACACAGACCUUUUUUAUAAUCUACUCAGAAGUUUAUUAUAUGACUAUAAUGAAAGCAUUCUUCUUGUUUCAUUGUCGUUACUUGUUAUGUUAAUUCCACAAGUUUGCAAUAAGAUGGCAAAAUCUUUUCCUGAUUUGUUAGUAAUUUAUAUCCGACUAUCAAACUGGGAGCUGUUUAAUGAACACAUACCGAAUAGGACUGAUUACUUAUCCAAAUUGCUUGACGAAAACUUUAAGCUUUGGGACUUAGCAGAAGCAGAUCGAUUAAAUGGUGACGCACCAACUAAUUCUAAGAUUGAACUAGACGUUCUGCAUUUUGUUACUUUAUUAUAUGGACUCUUCCCGUUAAAUUUAAGCAAGUUUUGUCAAUCGCCCUUUAACUUUUUGAUGAACCACCCUACAGAAAUAUUCAAAAUCAAAUUGCUCAGUUCAAUUAUGGAAGUUAAAGGGUCACCCCGUGAAAGAAAUUUAGAACUCGAUAUAAUUGACACCACAAGAGAAUUCUUGAGAUCUUUCUCCUUUCAUCCCAACUUUCUUCAAUACGAUAAGUUAACAUUACAGAAUGAGCUUGAAAAUCCUUUAUUAUGGCUCUUGAAAGAGACAACUGAUAAUGAUCUUCGCUCUGAGGAAAUAUCAUUAGAAUGCUUAAGUUUUAAUCCACAUUUGGUGAUUAACAUAGUACAUGAUCAAGAAGAAUUUACCAGAUCAUCAUCGGAUAAACCUUCAUCGGACACGAAUACUAGUAGUAAUAACAACAAUCAAUUUGAAUUUAUAUAUACGGGUACAGGUGAAUCGAAUGCCGGCUCGCUGUCGAAUUCACGUCAUGUAUCGCGAAAAUCAUCAUUUGCAACACCUACUUAUUUGAAUUCAAAGGAUAUUACUUUGCAAAAGUUACCAAUUUCAUUACUGCAUUCUAAUAGUAAGUUAUUGAAUCAGAUUAUCGAGAGGAAGAGUAGCAUAUCUGAUAUCAAAUUUAAGGAUGUGAAGUUUGAUGAAGGCUUAUUGGAAGAACAUCAAAUAAAUAAAAAUGAAAAUGAACACACGCCUCACGAUAGUGAUCUUGGCUCUUAUAAUAGAGUUGAUCUAGAUGUUGAUGGUUCACAAGAAUCAAAACAAUAUGACCUAUUUAAAUCAAACCACCUGCUAAGUGAUAUGUUUUCAGCCCAUGAGAAACUUUAUGUCUUUUCAUCUAAAUCAAGUGACCCUAAACUUGAUUCAAAUACACCAGCUAGAGAUCAAUCAAAAAACCCUAAUCCUUCAAAUAAUAAAUUAAAAAAUGAUUCACUUCAAAGACCUGUUACUUCCCCAGUCACAUCAUUAGAGACUACUUCUGUUCAUAGAAAAUCAAUUUCUGGAACAAUAUCUAAUGUGACUGCUUCAGAUUCGAUCCAAGUACAAGAUAAUAAUAUCACUAAUAAUAAAUCACAACAUGGAGCAGCACUUGAAUAUUAUCAUAGAGAAUUGCUACUCAUGAAAAAUGAAUUAGAGUUUUCAAAUUAUAUGCGAGAUUUAAACAAAACUCAUUAUAUCAAACUUAAACUAAAAUUAAAUAAGCUUUCAAAACAAACUUGUCUACAUGACCAAUCUAUUGAGCACAAGAAUAAUACAUUGCAGAUCGAUAGUUUGAAACUAGGGUAUAAUGCACUUACUGAAUCUUUAAAAGAAUUGAAGCUACAGUUGACAGAAUCACGGUCUAAGUUUAAGAAUGAAAAUUCUAUUUUAUUUAGUAAAAUUAAAGACCUCGAAAAUGAAAACUAUAGGUUGAAAACAGAUUUAAAUAAUGUAACAACUGAACAACAAUUAUUGGAUAGCAAUUUGCAUCACUCCAUUCAGGUGGUUUUACCUGAAAAGGAGUUUGAAGUUAACAGGCUAAAAACUAAAUUGCGUGAGUUAGAACAAAUGAACGAGACGUUGAACCAAGAAAACCUUGUGGCAGAGAAAAAUACGCUGAAGGAAACAAAGCACCUUGAUGAGACUCAAGCUAGCUCGACUUUCAAGCUAAGUGAACAAGAAAAGCAAAUUUACAAUUUAAAGAAUGAUAUAUUAAUGCUUAACGAUAAAAAUUUGAAGAUUUCCCAAGAAUUAAUAAAAGCACAGGAUUUGUAUGAUGCAGCAAUAAAAUCGUAUGAGUCUAAGCUUUCUUCUUCCAAAGGUGAUUUAAGCAAGAACAUAAGCACUUUUACCUCCCAAUAUGAAAGACGAAUUCAGGAAUUGUCAGCUAUAACUCUCAAAUAUGAAGGAUUAUUGGAUGAAAAAAAUUCCAGAAUCGCCCAGUUUUCUACAUCUAAGCCUAUUGAAAUCAAUAAUACUAAAUAUAACGAUGCUACAAAGGCAAUGAGUGAUAAGUCCUAUGACAUGAGCAUUCCACAAGUUGCUCGAAAUAAUGCAUCACAAGAGUCUUACGAACUAGAAUCAAAAGGAAGAGAAACACCUACAUCUGUUGAAGGUAUGUAUAGUGGCCAACCUGAUCACGCUCCAUUGCAUCAAAAUUAUAUCUCCAGCUCUCAUUUCCCACCACAAGCUGUUGUAACACCAAUUGUCAGAGGUAGAGGAGGUAUCCAAAAGAGAUCCAAGAAGCACAUGUGA